CACACGGGGAUCCAGUGAGGAAGAACACAGGAAACGACCCAUUGGAUAUCGAGUCUCUUCCUUCUUCACUUGCUUUUAAAUCGUAGCUUCGUAAUUAAACUCGUAAUUUAAACAGCUCCAGUGGAUCUGAUCAGAACGAGACAACAGCCAUGCUUAUUAAAGUGAAGACGCUCACUGGGAAGGAGAUAGAGAUCGACAUCGAGCCCACAGACAAGGUGGAGCGGAUCAAAGAGAGGGUGGAGGAGAAGGAAGGGAUUCCCCCCCAACAGCAGAGGUUGAUCUACAGCGGGAAACAGAUGAACGAUGAGAAAACAGCUGCAGACUAUAAGAUCCAGGGCGGCUCUGUUCUCCAUUUGGUCCUAGCGCUGCGAGGAGGACGGGCGCUCCAAUCUCCCAGAAGCCUUCACACCAAGCCAGCCUUGUAGCCAUCACCACAAUGAACCCUGCCUUAGCUUUUGCAAUGCCUACCCUGAGAGGAGACACUGAAGACACACAGCCGGGGGGGUCAGAGGGUCACCUGGUGGCACUGGGGGGCAACACAGCGCCAGUAUAUGAGGUUCUGUUUGUGGUAGCCCCUUCGUUCAGUCAGAAAUGUGUUGGCUACAAAUGUUUCACUCACUCACAAGCUGUGGAUUAGAUUCACAACCCAAGAGUGUAUUUGUCUGCUCUGGAAAACUGGUGGCUUUGUUUUAUUUCUACAGAAGCAGGCGAAGCACUCAGUUUUAAAUUUGCAUCCGCGGAAAAUCGCAAACAUUCUUAGACGUCACUCCCCAAACGUGUCAGAUUUCUUUAUUCCCUGGGAAAUCAGGGAAAAGUUUAAAAAAUGCCUUAUCCUAUAAUAUUGUGGAACAUCUGUAGAAAAAGUAUUCGUGUUUUUUGUGUAGUCCUGCUGACUCACAAGAUAACAACCAACAGACAGGGGUGAAAACGAAACAGUAGAAUAAAGGUGCUGCAGGGAAACCCCCACUUGUAUCACAGUCUUAGGUUUACUUGUUCUGCUUCAUCAAUUAUUUAUUAAAUUUUCUACAAAUUGCCGAAACACAACUAACACAACAUAAUCUAAAGCUCCUGAAUCAAAAGUGAUUUUCUCCUAGGAACCAACCAUGUAGCUCUUUCAGAUCGGUGAAGGCUGGUAACGUUAUGUUUCAAAGAAUAGUUUGACGUUUUGGGGAAAUACAAAAAUCAAAGUUGACAGAUUCAUGUGGAUUUUAUUUGAGUUUUCGUGCUGAUUUCACACUUUUACUGCUGUGAGAAGUGGAGGAGUCUGGUUCUGUGUGACAGUGGCUUCAGAUGCUGCUCCGCUGUUCAGAGAGCAACGCUGACCUCUGGGAUCGUUUGUGUGUUUGCUCCGCCCCUCGUACACAGCUGUGUGAAACUGCUGUGGAUGUGAGUGGAAUAAAAGGAUUUUAAUGCUACAAA